GCCUACUCCCUCGACGGCAAAUGUGGCUCUGCGACCGGUGACAAGAAGUGCGGAGGCAAAUGGGGUGAUUGCUGCGGCAAGAGUACGAGUACGUGCGGCACGGGAUCGAACUUCUGCGGCACUGGCAACUGUCAGUAUGGAAAUUGCACCUUCACGCCACCCACCGCAGCCCCUGGAGGAGCGUCGCCGUUGCCGUUCUACUACUAUGGAAACACCACGGACGGAUUGUGCGGCCCUGCUAAUGACAACAAAGUCUGCAACGUCGCCUGGGGAUUUUGUUGCGCGAGUACGGGCAAGUGUGGCAUGGGAGCUGGAUUCUGCGGUACCGGUUGCAUGUCGGGAUAUGGAAACUGCACAGUCGCCGUGGUUGCUCCAACGCCAAAGCCAGGCGAUGUGAGCCCUGAUGGCACCUGUGGAGGGCAGAACGGCUUUGUAUGCAAAGGCUCACCGCAAGCUUGCGCAAAAUCGGCCUUCAGUGGUGGUUGUUCUUCUACUGGAAGUUGCGGAUCCACAGUAAACCACUGCGCCCAGGGCUGCCAAACUUCGUUCUCCAACUCUUGCAUGACUGGAAAGAUCCCCACGCUCGAUGGCAGCUGUGGUCCGAAGAACAGUGGGAUGACUUGUGCCACUGGGCCCUUCAAUGGCCAAUGUUGCGGUGCGUCUGGUUUCUACGGCACAACGUCGGCGCAUUGCGGUACUGGAUGUAACGCCGGAUAUAGCAAAUGUAAUUGA